AUGUCGUCGCAGGUGCCACCCUUCCACCUCGCUGUGCCGGUCCACGACCUUGCGGAAGCCAAGGAGUUCUACGGCUUGAAAUUAGGCUUCAUCGAAGGGCGCUCGUCCAAGCAGUGGCAGGACUACAACAUGUUCGGUCAUCAGCUCGUUGUGCACCAAGUGACGAAAGACUACCGCGGCGUGGACUUCUUCAACCCUGUCGGUGAGUAG